AUUAGCGGAGCCCUCACUAUCAAAUACAACAACCUAAUCGACGGAACUAGUAAAGGAGCCUUUAUUAACUCUAAUAAGAUCAAUAACUCCAAUAUCACGUUUCUAAUUAGCGUUAAGGUAAUUAAUCAGAUAGUCAUAGAUCAUAAACUCACCAAGUUUAUCCUAAUCGAGAACCUUAAUAGUUCGUCGAUCAACAAGCGGACAAGGGCUAACCCCUCUAGUGCGGCUAUCGCCUUAACCACCCCCUUAUUUAGAAGUAAGAAAACCAAGGUAGGAAAGAUAGAAACACUUUUAGCUAUACCUACCAAAAAAAAGAAGAAAGAACUAGGAGAUAACGACAAUAAGGGAAAUAGGAAGAAGGAAGAGGGGAAGAAGGAAGAGGAGCAAAAAGAAGAGGGGAAGAUAAAAGCGGAGAAGAAGGAGGCUAAUAGUGCCUCUAGGAUAUCUUUAAGGAGAAUAAGACCACCAUUUCUAUUAGCUAGUCUAGAGAACAUUACUAACCUACGAGUAGCAGCUCUUCGAUUCCUAACUCUAGUGGCUAAAACGCCUACUUAUACCUAUACCGUGCUUAUAAAGUAUACAGCUCUUAAGAGCUUUUAUAGUAAAGGGAAAAUGGAUAUUCUAUUAUAUAAGAAUAUAAGCGUAGAUCUAGAUACUAGUAAGACGAAAUUUAAGAAGAGCGAAUUUAGUGACCCUAAUUAUCUAAAAACGGCUAAGAAACCAUAUAUUACCACAAAGCUAUUUAUGGAAACCCUCGCUAGGUUUAAAUCAGCCAAGAUUUAUAUUUAG